ACAGUAAUGCCCGCAAGAUGGCAAGUUGGCGGCAGUGGUUUUCGUCGUCGGCACGGCGGCCCUCGUUUCCAUCGUUUUCGUCGCGUCGUCCUCGUUGUCGUUCUCGUUGUCAUCCUCGUCUUUGCCGCGAUCGUUUUUUCCUUUUGUCGUUUCAAAAAGACUCUACGUUUAUUCUGUUUGGUUCGACGGUACACUGGCAGAAAACGAGUCAUAUGGAUAUUUGUCAGGGGCGAGGUAGGAAAUCCGUAUGCGAGCACACAGAAGAGUGACAGGUUACGAAUUCGUCGAAAGUGGGAGGGAAAUACAGAAGGAAGAAAAAAAGAAAGGGCGGAAAGGAAGAAAGGAAAAAAGGAGGGAGAAAUAUUGGUAGGAUGAAGCAUCGUGGACGAGGGUAGGGCAACAGAAACCAAUAGUGAGGUGAAUAGGUGGCAGAUAGCGUAAACGGAAAACGGCCAGCAGUUAGAGUAUACAAAAAGGAACGGGGUACCGUCAGUCAAGUGCGACCGCGUGCACAAGACAGUAUUGUGCAGAUAUAACGCUGUUAUCCCUCCUCUUUUUCUUUGAUCUUUGCUCCUUUAUUUUCCUUCUUCUGCCCCUUUCCCAUCCUACUUCUCUUUUUCUUUUCCUUUAAUUUUUCCAUCUGUGAUACGCGCUCGCGACGGAGAGGAGGAACACGACACGUCGAUGAAUGAAACUGACGACGAAUAGUUAUCAUUCUUAUUCGCGUUCGCUUGCUUCUAACAGCAAGAAGCAAACUAAGCUUUCGUUCGUUUUACCAACGAAACGACAUCGGAUAGAAAUUUAAGAAAGAAGGAAUAUCAAUCAUCUAUACUCAAGAAAAUCUUCACGAGGAUAUACGAAAAAAAUUUCGCGUUCAUUCUUCGCUAUCGUGAAUUAUCAACGUGCUUAUUUUAUGUAUCAUCGAUCAGGUGACAAGAAGAAAACGAGACGGUAUCAGAAUUUGAGGAAUCGGUGAAGCCGGUAAUCACGGUGCUACAAAACGUUAGGAAGAUAAAGAGAAAGAUAACCAAAAGAAAAAAGGGGAAAAAACAACAACGAAAAACAGACCUCAGCCAAGAUGACAGCCAUAGUGACAGAUCUAGUGCACGGAUACAGGGAUCUGAUGGAUAACAAAUCAGAUCCCAGAGUGAACCAUUGGAUGAUGAUGAGCAGUCCUCUUCCUACCAUGGUGAUAUGCCUGUGUUAUGCGUAUUUCAGCAAAGUUUUAGGACCGAGGAUAAUGGAGAAUAAAAAGCCUUACAAGCUUCGAGGAAUCCUAAUUAGCUAUAACCUAAUCCAAACGCUAUUCUCCACGUGGAUCUUUUACGAGUACUUGAUGAGUGGCUGGGCGAAAGGAUACAGUUUCCGGUGCCAACCGGUCGACUAUUCCAACAACGCUAUGGCGCUACGAAUGGCCAACACAUGUUGGUGGUAUUACAUCAGCAAGUUCACCGAGUUCUUCGAUACCCUCUUUUUCAUUCUGAGGAAAAAGAAUCAGCACGUGUCAACGCUUCAUGUAAUCCAUCAUGGCAUAAUGCCAUUUUCAGUUUGGAUGGGCUUGAAGUUCGCACCAGGCGGUCAUAGCACUUUCUUCGCCCUUUUAAACACUUUUGUUCAUAUUAUAAUGUAUUUCUACUAUAUGGUGGCUGCAAUGGGCCCUGAAUAUCAGAAGUAUAUAUGGUGGAAAAAGUACCUGACUACUAUGCAAAUGGUGCAAUUCGUGUUAAUCAUGUGUCACCAGUUCCAGCUUCUUUUUAUAGACUGCGAUUACCCUCGUAGCUUUAUGAUUUGGAUCGGUUUACACGGCGUGCUCUUUUUAGGUCUUUUUUCGGACUUUUACAAAGCGAAGUAUGUAGACAGAACGGAAAAAUCAGCAAAGAACAGUGUACAAAAUGGCUCGACUGGUCUUUGCAUGCCCGUACUCGAGGAUUCGGCGCCACGACAAAACGGUGUUUCGUCAUAUACGACGAUCUACAAUAAGGAAUACAACAAGGAAUAUAACAGCUGUUACAGCAACGGAACAAAUAACGGUUAUGUCGCCAAUAAUAACACGGAGAAAAAGCUCGCUUAGGACAUUCUGAUUUUGGUAAAAGCUCUUAAACAAUCGUCGAGAUACCAAAUCACACGAUAUACAGUAUAAUUACACGUUGCCGGCAUAUUGACGGUCGUACAGUGACUUUAUACACAACAUAUAUAAAACAUGUCGAACGAUUUCGAUUCGAGUAGUGAUUGCGCGCGACUCCGCCUGGAUCCAAUGUGGCCGAUUCGCAAAAAAAAAAGAAAAAAAAAAAACUAUAUACUAGUUGUAAUUCGCCGUGGAGUCUGUGUUCAUGUUCACGUGUAGAGUCGUCGACGAGAGAGACCUGUCGCGCAUACGUUCGAUUUUCCCGCUAACGCUUUAAAUUAUUUCAUAUUAAAAUGUAUCAACGGGAUGGCGAUUAUGUUUAUCGGAAUAGUUUAACGGGGUUUAUAUAAGAAUAAUUAUUGAUAAUAUAUUAUUAAUAAGGAAAGGGCUCUUUUACCCGUAUUGUUGUGUACAUGUAUUAAUUAUAAUAUAUAUAAUUCCAUCCGCAACCGGAUUGUGGAUGAUCCUGAAAGUCGUUGACUCGUCGAUGGCUUUAUGAACGGAAAAAAAGAGCAAAAAUGGAGCGUGAUGAACGACCGAGGAAUGCGAAGAGACCAGAGAGAAUAAACGGACAAAAAUUAAAACGCGCACACGAUGAGUAUAAAUUAAUAAUCGAUCCUCAUCGGAACAUUAUGUUUUCCGCACGCGAUUGUCGAGAGUGUUUCAUUGCGUGCGUUUAUUGUAUGCGUGAACGAGUGUGAUCGUUUGUUAGUUGUAUAUGAUUACGAGGCAUUUCUUAUUGGGGCGCAUUGAAACGAUCCCCCUUUACCGUAUUUCCUUAUCGUCCGACUCUGUCUCUCUAUUGCCCCGAUUGUGUUCAAAGCUUUGGUGUUCGUCGUAGAAAUAAGCGUCUGUCGAUUCGCGUUUAAGAAGGAGAGAAAAUCGUAUCGAUCCUUCCUCUCUUGAAGCUUGAUUCUUCUCCUCUAUUGUUGAAGAAAGAUCAUCAUCGAUAUCUCAGCAUCGGCAAAAAUUAUAUAUAUAUAUAUAUCGUAUCUUAGAGAAUGAGAAAUUCGAUUAGCUUUUUUUAUUAGUCGUAACAAAGCCACGCAACCUUUUUUUUUUUUUUUUUAAAUAAAAUAUUCACGAAUAUAUCAGCUGUUGACGUAGAAUCAAGCUUCUCAAGAGUUUUAAAAAAAAUUGUCGGCGAAAUUUAUCUCUUGUUCACCGAUGAACUGGUCAUAUUGGUAAAAAGAAGGUCGAAUGCCAAUCGUUCGAAUAUACAUAUGUUAUAAAUAUGCAUGGAGGGAAAGAGAAAACGUUUAUCUAGGAAUCAUAUGAAAUCUCUUGUUAAGGUUACAAACUUUUGUACUCUUCCUAUUACGGAAAGAUGAAGGUUUUUAUUUAUGACCGCACAGAAAUAAAAAAAAAUCUGAGGAAAAAAACAAUUCGAUCCUAUAAAUUUAAUGUUGUAUAUUUUUACAAGGAAAUAGAUCAAUCGCAUAAUAAAAGAAACGUUGACGUUAAUGGUGUCAAAGACGUGCUUUCUUGUGAAAGUAUUCAUAUACGGAAAUGUAUUAUUGCCAAGUUUUAAUAACGUAUUAGAAAAAAUAUUUGAGAAAUGAUUUAUAAUAAAAGAAGUAAAAAAAAAAAAAAAAGAAAAAAAAGAGAAACCAACGUCGACAAGACUGUUAAUAUAAUCGUAAAACGUACGUGCAAAUAUCAUUUCAACAUCUCGAAAAGACAUUUUUUUCUCUCUUUAUAAAUUAGCUUUCGAUGAUAUACGAAUGCAUUUCUUUAGUCGACGAGGCUUUUGCUUUAGUCCUUUGUCACUCAUUCCAAAGUAUAAGGAAUUGAUCUUCGAGUUACGAUUUAGCAAAUAAUUUUAUAUCUUUAACGCUCAAAAUAUCAAUAACUGAACUUCUAACUGAAUUCUUCCGUUUAUAUAAAAUCCCCAUAAUAUUAUUCUCGGCUAUGGUUAAAAUCAAAUCAUUUCUACCCAGUGAUUAUGCAUUUUCAAUUAUGCAAUGUCGUGUCAACCAAUAUGAACCAUAAAGGCAUUUAUUUAAUUGUUUUCUUUUGUUUUUUCUUUUUUUUUUUUUUAUAAUUCACUAUAAAUACUUGUAAAAAUAACUUUAGCAUAGAAAACAAAGCAAUUUCGCACCUGUUAAAGUCUUGCAAAAAAUAUCACACUGCGUGUUGGAAAAUGUAAAGAAAAAGUAAAGAAUUCUGUCGAACCGAUUCGUGUCUGUCAAUGAGGACAAUAAGCCGCGUCGACAUCGAGACACGAUCAUAGAACAUUUUAACUCUCUAUAUAACACUCUAUAUAAUUUGAAUAACACAUAUUUCGUAUAUUUAUGUUCUUCAAAUUUUGUUUAUUGGUUUACCAAUAUAUUAUCAGUUUGUCGUUAUAUUGUUUAUUAAUGAUUAUUAAUUUUUAAGUUUUAGAUUAAAUUUAAAAAUUGUAAUCGAUCGGAACUCUUCUUUACAAGAUAAGUGAGAAAAAUUCUGGUUAUAGAGGGUUAAUAGAAGUUCAUAAACAUGCCAUUUAUAUACAAGAGUGUUCUAUGGUUCGAAAAAUCGAUAAAUCCAUUAUGAUCUAUUAAGAAUAUUCUCCGUGUUCCUUUUCGAUUUAAAUAUAGGAAAGGCUACUCUUCAUGUCAGUAUACAAAUUUCGUGUUUCAUCAUAUAUCAGGCGUGUGCGAGUAAUACCUUUCUGCAUAAUCUUUUCUAAUGGAAUUUUAAUGAUUUUUCUUAUCCAAUUUAACGGCGAAGCUUUUCAAAAAUCCUUUAUGAUCAAGAUUUUUGUAAUUCAUACCAGAAGUUUGUUUUAUUGUUUUAACCAAUGAUUUUAAUUUAAUUUUAUUUUAACUUUGUAUUCUUGAUAUUUAUGUCUAAUGAUUAUGUCUAAUGAUAUUUGAGUAUGGAGAAAAAGUCACAAAGUUUCAAUAUAUUGAUUAUAAAAUCAAUAAUAUUGAUUAUAAAAAUCUUUAUUUCUGUUCAAAUCAAUUGUCAAAUGUAAUGAAUGUAAUCAUGGAGAUUAGUUUGUUAAUAUUUUUUUUCUCUCUCUCUCUCUCUCUUCUAUUCUUUUUAUACAAUGUUUUGCAAGUACAAUAAAAAAUAUAUAUAUUUCUUAAA